AUGGCCAUUCACAAGACCGUAAUAUGCUCGCUGACGCUGAUCUUCGUUGGUAUACUUCUUCUAGCUACUGAGCACCAGUACAAUAUCCUUCCAACUCCACUGAAAUCUAGUGGAAGCUCGAGCGGGAGUACUGUGAAGCCUCGGUUUAUAUUUGUUGACCUCGGAGCCAAUGCCGCAGAUUCACUUGAAGUGUUUCUCCGUCGUGACCACGCGAAAUACUCUUAUGACUUUCCACGGCCGGACUGGGCAACAUAUGAACAGGCUGAAAUAUAUCUCUUUGAGGCGAACCCACAUUUCAACAGAGCCCUUGUGACGGCGAAAGAGCGGUACAGCGCCCAGGGAAUGAACAUCAACAUCUUCCCCUCCACUGUUGUUGACGUUCGAGAUGGUACUCGGACGUUUUUCCUUGACACCAUCAAUGACGCCAAUGAUUUUUGGGGUUCCUCCGUCUAUGCCAACCACCCGGACGCCAUUGGAUCGAAAAGCAACGGGACCGAGCUUACCUCCAUUAAUAUCGCGAGAUGGUUACUCAUGAACACUCUUCCCCGCGAUUUUGUCGUUGUCAAAAUGGACAUUGAGGGCGCUGAGUAUGAGAUCAUACCUCACAUGGCAGAGAUGGGAGCAUCAAUUGUCACGGACUACCUCCUUAUUGAAUGGCACCCAACAAUACCGGAAGAUAUCGACACUAGUGAUGCAAGAGCCAAGGCGGCGAUAGAGAAGCUCAAAGCUGGAGGUGUGAACAUGCCUGACUACGACUCUGCUUCGUAA